AUAACAAUAUCAUCGAAACGCAUUUAUGCAUUUUUAAAAUUGACUAACUUUUUUUUGAACGAAUUUGGGAACGAAAAAAAUGGCAUUUUCACAGUCAUUUGGAACAUUAGCUGCUGCAGUCACGCUGUUUGCAUUUGUGAUUAAUGUAAAUAUUGAAACUUGCACAUCACAACAAUUAAAUACGUUAAAUGAUUACGCUGGCUCACGAGCUUAUACACCGGAUCCGGGUUUACUUGAUUUUGUUUAUCACAAUCACGAUGAAAUGACGCGAUUUUUAAGAGCGACCAGUGCUCGUUAUCCAAACUUAACGGCAUUGUAUUCGAUUGGAAAAUCGGUGCAGGGCAAAGAAUUAUGGGUUUUGGUGGUGUCAUCAUCGCCAUACGAGCAUAUGAUCGGCAAACCAGAUGUAAAAUACAUUGGAAAUAUACAUGGCAACGAACCUGUCGGAAAAGAGAUGCUAUUGCAUAUGAUUCAAUAUUUGGUGUCAAGUUAUUCAGCCGAUCCAUACAUUCGAUGGCUACUUGAUAACACUCGCAUUCACUUUUUACCAUCGAUGAAUCCAGACGGGUAUGCGGCUUCAAAAGAAGGAAGUUGCGAUGGAGCCCAAGGAAGAUACAAUGCACGUGGUUUUGAUUUAAAUCGCAAUUUUCCCGACUAUUUUAAACCAAAUACAAAACGUGAGCAACCCGAAACCGAUGCUGUCAAAGAGUGGAUAUCAAAAAUUCAAUUUGUGUUGAGCGGCUCAUUGCAUGGAGGAGCUUUGGUCGCAUCAUAUCCAUAUGAUAAUACGCCAAAUUCUAGAAUUUGUAGGUCGUCGGUUUUAUGUAAAAUGUUCCAAAAUUAUGCGUCACAGCCAUCGUUGACCCCAGACGAUGAUGUAUUUAAGCAUUUAUCGUUAACAUAUGCGAAUAACCACGCAAAAAUGUCGCGUGGCGUGGCGUGCAAAUCGGCUACACCGCAAUUCGAACAGGGCAUUACUAAUGGAGCUCAGUGGUAUCCACUUGUCGGAGGCAUGCAGGAUUACAACUACGUCUGGCACGGUUGCAUGGAAGUGACACUUGAGGUGUCUUGUUGCAAAUUCCCACCGGCUCAUGAAUUGCGCAAAUAUUGGGACGAUAAUCAGUUGUCAAUGAUCAAAUUCUUAGCCGAAGCACAUCGUGGUGUGCAGGGAUUCGUUACGGAUGGUAAUGGUUUACCAAUUGAACGUGCCUCAUUGAAAAUAAAAGGUCGCGAUGUUGGCUUCCAAACAACUCGAUACGGUGAAUUCUGGCGAAUUCUAUUGCCUGGCAUCUACAAACUUGAAGUGUAUGCCGAUGGUUUUGCACCACGUGAAAUUGAUUUUAUGGUCGUUGAACAGCAUCCAACACUAUUGAAUGUGACACUGCAAGGUUCAAAGCGAAAUGACGGUCCAUACUAUCGGCCAAUGCAAUCCACUCACCAGCAUCAAAUGUACCGGCCACCACCACAACCCGUGGCCGAUCAAUCGUUUAUGGGAAACAUCGGCAACGGACUGAGCAGUCUGCUCAACAAUUUAUUCGGAUAAGAUCGAUCAGCAAUAUGAUCGUCUGAUCAACUCAAUGCUGUUAUUUCCGCGCUCAUCAAUAUCAUCAUCACCACCACAACCACCAACAAAUCUCACAUUGUUUAUAAUAAGUGAAUAACAUUUAGUAUUCAAAGAAAAACAAACACAUUUUAUUGUUUUACACGUUUUUUUUUUAUUAUGACCGAUAGUUAGUUUCUUUAUUAUCUUUUUUCGUUUUUGUACAUUGAAAUGCAAUACACAGAAACAGUCUAUCUCUAUAUUGUUGAAUUGAAGCGAUCGCAAGAAUUUUUUUUUAAUUGAAUAUUCAUUGUGAUGAUAUGCCAUUGUCGUCACAUUGUUUUAAACCACCAUUAUCAAUUGUAUGCGAGUUAAUUAAAAAUUCAUGGUCUGUUAUGACAACAAUUUUUAUUAUAUAUAGUAUAGCGAUAUUGACAAGUUAUAAUCGCCUUCGCGAUCAAUAGAAACACACAAAAAAAAAGAAUUAUCAAUAUA